UAUUAUUGUUGUUCUUAGAGUUCAGAGUAGAGCUAAAAACCCUAUUGACAAAUCAAUAUGAAUCUUAAGUUUGGUUCCAAGUACUUGAUUACCCAGCUUUUAACUCUCUUUCUUGUUCCUUAUGUUGCUGUAAUGCUCAUUGAAGUUAUUAGCGGAGUAGAAUCCAAGAAUGUAUAUCAGCUUUGGCUUCAAUAUUUUCAGUUCAAUCUGGUUAGCAUGACUACCUGUUUUGUUCUCAUUGUUCUUUCUUUGAUACUUUACGCAAUGACUCGGGCUAAACCUGUCUACCUCGUCGAUUAUGCUUGUUAUCAACCACCUGCUCACCUUCAAGCUCCAAGACAAUAUUACCUAGAACGCGCUAAAGCUCUUGGUAAUCUCGAUGAGUCUUCGUUUGAGUUCCAGCGCAAGAUUCUUGAGCGGUCUGGGCUAGGAGAAGAGACUCAUCUCCCUAAAGCAUUGCACUGCAUACCUUCACAAGCUUCAAUGGUCACUGCUAGGGAAGAGACCGAGCAGGUCAUGUUUGGUGCUUUGGAUAAUCUGUUUUGUGGUACAAACAUUAAUCCCCAAGAUAUUGGUAUUCUUGUUGUGAACUGCAGUUUGUUUGAUCCAGCUCCUUCACUUGCGGCCAUGAUAGUUCAUAAGUAUAAACUUAGAAGUAACAUUAAAAGUUUCAAUCUAGGAGGGAUGGGUUGUAGUUCCGGAGUAAUUGCAGUUGACCUGGCAAAGAACUUGCUACAAGUUCAUCGCAGUAGUUACGCGAUUGUUAUGAGCACGGAGAAUGUUACUCUGAGUACGUAUUCUGGUGACAACAAAUCUAUGAUGAUAACAAAUUGUCUGUUUCGUGUUGGUGGUGCAGCGAUUCUUCUUUCAAACAAAUAUGUAGACAGACGGCGAGCUAAGUACAAAUUGGCUCAUAUUGUUAGAACCCACCGUGGGUUGGACGACAAGUCAUUCAAAUGUAUUUACCAAGAGCAGGAUGAAACUGGUAUUGUGGGUGUUUCACUGUCCAAAAAUCUUACAAGUAUAGCCGGAGAGGCCCUUAAGAUCAAUAUCACCACCCUAGGUCCGCUCGUCCUACCCAUCAAAGAACAACUUCAUUUUUUCAUUACCAUGGUGGUGAAGAAGUUGUUCAGGAAAUCAAAAAUGAAGAUGUACAUCCCAGAUUUUAAGCUUGCAUUUGAUCAUUUUUGUAUACAUGCUGGGGGAAGAGGAGUGAUUGAUGAAUUAGAAAAGAGUUUGCAAUUGUCUUCGGUUCAUGUUGAAGCUUCUCGAAUGACUCUUCAACGAUUUGGCAAUACAUCAUCAAGUUCAAUUUGGUACGAGUUGGCUUACAUCGAGUCCAAGGGAAGAAUGCAUAAAGAUGAUCGUGUAUGGCAGAUUGCAUUCGGAAGCGGUUUUAAGUGUAAUAGUGCAGUCUGGGUAGCACUCAAGAAUGUGAAGCCAGCUUCAUAAACUAAUCUUUUCCCAAGAUCACAACGAAAUGGUU